CAGAAAGUUCAUUCUUCGUUUCUCUCCACGGCGCUGAAAGACCACCAGAUGCUGUUUCUAAACUUUGACGAGCGGUCAUGACAGUGGCGGGAAACAUCUAACAAACUAUAAUAAGUAAAUAAGUUGAGUACUUAAAUACUCAGCUAUAUGGCUAGAAGAAAUGUGGACCGCAAACUAUCCGUCAUCACAGACCGAAACGGACCAUUUUGACCUGUUUCCGCCUUUCGCAAAGCGAUCAAAGGAAGUGACUCGUUCCAGUGAGGAGGCCGUGUUACCGGUGCAGCCUCCGUAUGGAGAGACUUUCUGGAAGACAGCUGCGCCAGUAUCAUGCGAGGACUUCACUUACGAACCCUUAUUUUCUUCAGCCCUCUACUCCAGUUCACCUGUUGGCAUAGUGAGCAGACAAAAAAGAGUGAGUUCGGGCCUGACUCAUGAGAAUCUGCCGCAUCCUUCGCAGCUGAUGUGCAGAAUGAGAAGAUAUCAAAGACUGCAGAAACACACUCCAAGAGUUCUGCAACAUAUAGGAGAACUCAGGAUGAAACAGCGCCAUAUAAAUGAGCUGAAGGGGGACAGAUGGUGGGGUGCCACAGCUGUGCCCAGGCCAGAGGACGGCCACGGCUCACAGAAACUACCUGAGGGUGGAGAUGAGCAGCUUCUCUGUCCUGCAGCUGGUGUUAGCAUCGGCGCUAUGCUAAUGGACAAUCCUGAUGUGGCCGUGACAAUGCCUUAUGAAACUGCUUCCUCGCCGACUCUUCUGUUCUCAUUUACAGAAUACGAGCAGUUUCGUGACCUUGCUCCAGGAGGGAACCCCAUGAUGGCGUUUGUUUCGGGAACAGCCCAUAGAUCGCUCUUAAUGGCCGAUGAUGUUUGUGCCGCGGUGAAUUCUGGGACAUCUCAUGGGGUCAACGAUGAUCAGAUGUCACUUUUUUGCUAGUUUACGCUGUUUGAGCCAUGAUUCUACAUGUUUUUUCUCUUAAUAUCCACUGUUAAGUCUAAAUGAAAUUUUAUAUGUAACUGUAAAUGUUUUAGUGUUUAGUUCAGCAUUCUUGUCAGACAAAACAUUUCAAGUGUGAUGCUUGGCCUAUCAAUCUUAAAAAAAAGAAAAACCAGACCACAGUUCUAUUCUGCUUAGUGGUUUGCAAAUUAAAUGUAUAUUAA